AUGGAUGAUCAAACCACUGUUGCUGUACAAAUGGCUCAAUGUGCAAAAUUCAAUCAAUCGGCAUCGGUCGUCGAAGCGCCGCCAUCGGUUCUGUGCAUUUCCGAUCAAUGUCACGAGGUCCCUCCGGUCACUGGACCUGCCCCGUCGCCUCCGGAUGGGCAAAGUACUCGUUCGCUAUCGUUCGUUUCGCCGUCGGUUUCGAAUUUCAUGCCGUCAGGCUCUGCUCUAACUUCGUCACAGGUGACAAACUGUCAAGCCGCUGUUCCUGUACCUUCGCUUGUAUCAAAGACCAAACAAACAUCGGUCUUCAUGCUGACGGCUUACAUUCGAGUUAAAGACAUCGAUGGUAAUUACCAUCACGCUCGCGCCUUACUCGAUUGCGCAUCAGAAGCAAAUUUUGUCACAGAAUCACUGGCUCAAAGGCUUCGUUUGAAACGAGCUCCCGCAAAUAUCGAUGUAUACGGUAUCAGUCAAUCCGUAAAAAAAGUUAAACAGCAAGUCCCUAUUGUCAUCUCAUCUCGUGUUAGUUCGUAUAGAUCCAGUAUGACGUUUCUAAUUCUACCGUCAUUAACCAGAAUAUUGCCCACAAGUAAUGUGGAUAUAUCAAGAUCGGUUGUUCCCCGUCACCUCACUCUCGCAGAUCCAAAAUUUAACAUAGCGCACGAUGUUGAUAUGAUCAUUGGCAUCAAAUCGUUCUUCGCAAUCUUGGAGGAUGAUCAAUUCACAUUAGGAAGUGGCUUACCUAUACUACGUAAAACUGUUUUUGGAUAUGUAGUAGCAGGUGAAGCAUUCGAAAGCAACAACUCCACCAUCGUGUGCAACGUUUCUACUGUUGACAACCUAACGACAGCAUAUCAAAAAUUCUGGGAGGUGGAAAGUUUCGAAAAUGGUAAAUCUCUCUCUCUUGAGGAACAAUAUUGCGAAGCGCAUUUUGCGAGAACUCAUUUUAGAACUCCUGACGGUCGUUACGUGGUUCGUUUGCCGAUUCGAGACGAGAUGCUAUCUGCUUUAGGAGAAUCGGUUGGUGUGACGAAGCGCAGACUAUUGAACAACGAAAGAGCGUUAUCAUCAAAGCCACAAUUGCGCUCAGAAUACUCAAAGUUCAUGGAUGAAUACCAAACACUAGGGCAUAUGGAAAAAGUAGUGCCUGACUACUCGAUCCCACACUUUUUUCUUCCACAUCAUGCAGUUCAAAAGCCAGAUAGUACAACUACAAAAACGCGAGUUGUAUUUGACGCGUCCUGUCGUAGGUCGAACAACUUAUCGCUCAAUGAUAUUUGCUACAUAGGACCCACCGUUCAGCCCCCGCUUUUAUCGACUCUUAUCAACUUUCGUAUGCCAAAGUACGCAGUGACUGCCGACAUAGAAGAGAUGUACCGGCAGAUUGUUGUGCAUAAAGCAAAUCGUCCUCUGCAACAAAUUGUAUGGCGUGAACAUGCAAACCAAGACAUAUCCACAUAUCAGCUAAACAUCGUCACAUACGGCACUGCUCCUGCUCCUUAUCUUGCUACACGCGUUCUUAAUCAACUGUGCGACGAUGAAGCUGAAAAUUAUCCACUUGCUGAACGAAGGUGA